GAGAAGUCAGAAGGGGAAAGGACUGUGACUGGAUGUCUGACAAAUUAUUUUCAAAUUGGGAAAUUUGUCUCAAUACCAGAAGGUCAGCACCUCAGUGGAAUAUUUUGAAUGGGAAAAAAUCCAACAUGGUAGACAUGGUCUUCAUGCUCAGAACCCUGCCAAACCAGGAGAGAGACACACAAAAGAAAGAAUGGCUGCAGGAUUGCUGACAACCUGGUCACAGGUAUGUGGGAAGUUACUGUUUCCAAAAAAAAAAAAAUCACUGUUCCCAAAGGGUACAUCUCUUGUCCAUGACCCAGAGCUUCACAGCCCAACAAGGCUAGCGUCAGGCUUCCUCAGUUCUUUGGGCUUCUUAGAAUGGGAGAGAGAGAAUGUUUAAGGAAAGGCUUCAAUAUUUGUUUUGUGUUUCAGAUAAUCCCCCAGGGUGAGUGUUAGUUCCAUAUUCUGCUGGGUGCCAUGAAGGAACAUAAAGACUUUUUUUCACCAGGAAAAACAUUCAUUUCCCAAGUAUUUUUCUCCUUCUGUAGUAUGCUCAAUCUGUACUAGAUCUUGAAUAAGAUUGGAAGACUCCUUGUAACCUAGUUGUGGCAAUAUCAGCUCAGCUGUGUUAGACAAGCUUCUAAAAACCAUGAGCCUGAAAGAGAUGGUCCAGUGAGUGAAAACGGAAGUGGAAAGUUCCAAGAACUUGGAUGAAAUGAUGAAAGACCUCUGAAGAAUGUCUGAGCUUACUGCACAUUGGGUCUUCCCCCCAAGUCCUCUCAGCCUCACCCAUCAUCUUUCUGGUUCAGAGUUAGAGAUAGUUCUUGGCUGAACCUGAAUGUAUACAUGGUGUUUUAGGACUUGGUCACCUUCGAGGAAGUGUCAGUGGACUUCUCACAGGAGGAGUGGGCCCUGCUGGCCCCCGCUCAGAAAAUCCUGUACAGAGAUGUGAUGUUGGAGAACUUUAGGAACCUGGCCUCAGUGGGUAAAGUUGGCCUCAUUCCUUCAUAUUCAUUUGUUCAUGCAUGUACUAGUUCUUCAUCACUUAUCUGUCCCAGGAACUGAAAAGAACAGCUAUAUAUGGUAAACACAGAAUGGACGGUUCCUGCCCUUGUGGGGCAGUCUUACCACUUCCCAAGAAAAUUCACUGAUUGUAUUUUCUCAGUCCUUAAAAUUUAGGUAAUGUACAGAUCUUGGGCUUAGAAUUCAAGGGUCAGAUCAUGUGGGAAAAGGUAUGUGGGUGUUUGUCUUAUGGUGCUCUGUGAAAGGGCUAUGUAAUCUGAUUCUUUUGCUGCUCUUGCCUAUCUUCAGAAUCCUUGAAAACCAAAGUAUUGGAAUCAGUUUUGUGGAAAGAUUCCUUGUCUCCUUCACAGUCUCCCCACAUCAUGUGUCUUUCCCCAUGAGCAGGGUAUCAUCUCUGCAAACACAGUCCGAUCACUGAGGUGGCGCAGGAAGAGCUGAGGCCAGAGGGGAGAGGAAUUCUCCAAAGUGCUUGUACAGAAUGUUCCUGGAGAAAAAACUGCCAAUGGCAUAAAAAUGGUGAGAUUCACUAGAAAUGAUUCCUGUUUUUUAAGACUGGGAGAGCUCUGUGAAUUUCAAGGAAUUAAAACAGGAGCAGCACCCAAGCAAGAGGAGACACUUGAGGCACCAACCCACCCUGGUGAGAAACCAUUGGAACGUAAUCAUUGUAGAAAAUUCUUCAGAAAGAAUUAUUGCCUUACUCGUACAAGAUAUUGCAAGGGCGAGAAAUGCUAUGAAUAUAAAGAAUAUGGGAAAGACUUUGGCCAUCCCUCAACUCUUAGGAGUCAUGUGAGUUCUCACAUUGGAGAGAAUAUUCUUGAAUUCAGUGAUUGUGGAAAAACUUUCAAUCAAGAGUCAUCCCUUAGGAAAGACUUCAGAACUCUCACAGGAGAAAAAUCUGAGUGUAAUCAACAUCUUAUGUCCUUCAAAUUACACUCUUCCUUCUCAGUACAUGAACAAAUACCUACUGAAGAGAAACUCCAUGAAUGCAGUGACUGUGGAAAAAGAUCUUCCCAUAGUGUCCACAAAAAAAUGUGUACUAUGAAAGAAAGCUCAAAAUGUAAUGGACAUGGGAAAGUUUUCACUGGCCCCUUGUCCCUUCAGAUAUGUAUGAGACCUCACACUGGAGAGAAAGCUUAUGAAUGUAGGGAUUGUGGGAAAGCUUUUGUUUUUCAGUCUUCCCUUAAGAAACACGUAAGAUCACACACUGGAGAGAAACCUUAUGAGUGUAAUCACUGCGGAAAAUCCUUCAGCCAGAGCUCUCAUCUUAACGUUCACAAAAGAACUCACACUGGAGAGAAACCUUAUGACUGUAAGGAAUGUGGCAAGGCUUUCACCGUUCCUUCAUCCCUUCAGAAACAUAUGAGAACCCAUACUGGAGAGAAACCCUAUGAAUGCAGUGACUGUGGGAAAGCCUUUAUUGAUCAGUCAUCCCUUAAGAAACAUACCCGAUCUCACACUGGAGAGAAACCUUAUGAGUGUAAUCACUGUGGAAAAUCCUUCAGCACAGGCUCUUAUCUCAUUGUGCACAAGAGAGCCCACACUGGAGAGAAAACCUAUGCAUGUAAAGAAUGUGGGAAGGCCUUUAGGAAUUCCUCUUGCCUAAGAGUGCAUAUGAGAACUCACACAGGGGAGAAGCCUUAUAAAUGUAUCCAGUGUGGAAAAGCAUUUAGCACUAGCACUAACCUUAUAAUGCACAAGCGAAUACAUACUGGGCAGAAGCUCUGUGAAUGAAAUGACUACAAGCUAGCCUUAAGGGCCCCUUCCCCCCUCAGGCAUUUUCGAACACACUCUGGAUAGAAACCAUAUUACGACCAAUUUAGAAAGCCAUCGGGCACAACUCUUGAGUUAGAUUACACUGGGGCAAACAUUGUAAAUGUUAUGGUUCUGUGGUUAUAUUUAUCAGUGAGUGUUUAAUCUUUAAAGUGUGAUAACUCGUUAGUUGAUAAGUAUUAAAGAUUAUAUAGCACUCUAAAUUCCCCUUAAUCUACAUCACAAAGGUUUUUUGUUUUUUUUUUUUUUAGUAUUUAUUUAUUUAUGUAUUUAUUUGGCUACAACAAGUAUUAAUUGUGGCAUGUAGGAGCCUCUGUCUUCAUUGUGGCAUACAAGAUCUUUAAUCACAACAUACAGGAUCUAGUUCCCUGACCAGGAAUUGAACCUAGGCCCUCUGUAUCAGGAGUGUGGAGUCUUAGACACAAGACCACAAGGGAAGUACCUCACUAAAGUUCAGGUAUGUAAUGUUUUUCUUAUAAGUAAGUACUAAAUAUUUUGCAUUUCUCAUCAAGAUAUCUUGGACUGAACUAUAGGUUAUUUAGAAAUACGUAUUUUAAUGUGCAGACUGGGCAUAUUUUAGUUAUCUUUUAGUUAUAGAUUUCUAACUGAAUUGCAUUGUCCACAGAAUGCCUGAUCUUCAUGACAUAAAAUUCAAUAACAUACAAACAGAAAAUUAUUAGAGACUUGCUCUGUGGCCUAAUGUGAGAGAUACAGGAAGUUGCUGUCCCAGUAUCCAUUUCUCCCUUGCUUCCUUCAAGUAACAAAACUACAGUUGUGUUCAAAUUAGCAGUGUAGACAGUUUCUGAGGACUCAUCUCCCAGCUUUCCUUGCAGCUGUGAGUGCCCAUGAGCUCACAGUCUUGGCCUGUGAGAAAGAAGCAAGAGGUCACUGCUUGUGGGUUCUAAAGAAUUCCAUGGAAAUGGGAGCAUGGCAUCUGGCAUUUUCACUUUACCAUCUGCCCUCAGGUUUAUCUCUUUUUUCUUAGAGAAUAGACCAAUAAAAUGACAUUCAUAGAUUACUGAUUAUAUAAUAGACACAUAAGGUAUUUUUUGGCUGUAUAUAAACAACUAUGAGUUGCUUGUUUCUGAAUUUCAUGUAACAUGAGAAAAAUAAACUCCUAACUGGUUUAAAUCA